CACACGGCACCAUCCAGGGCCAUCGAGUAGCGAUGGCGGCAACGGCGAGUCCCACGGCCGGCGGGAUGGACGGGAAACCCCGGACGUCCUCUAAGUCCGUCAAGUUCCUGUUUGGGGGCCUGGCCGGGAUGGGAGCCACGGUGUUUGUACAGCCGCUGGACCUGGUGAAGAACCGGAUGCAGCUGAGCGGACAAGGAGCCAAGACGCGGGAGUACAAGACCAGCUUCCACGCCCUCGCCAGCAUCCUCAGGGCGGAAGGGGGGCUGCGGGGCGUCUACACCGGGCUGUCAGCCGGCCUCCUGCGCCAGGCCACCUACACCACCACCCGCCUCGGCAUCUACACGGUGCUGUCCGAGCGCCUGACCGGGGCUGACGGCACCCCGCCCGGCUUCCUGCUGAAGGUCGUGCUGGGCAUGGCGGCGGGUGCCACGGGCGCCUUUGUGGGAACCCCCGCCGACGUGGCUCUCAUCCGCAUGACUGCCGACGGCCGGCUCCCAGCGAACCAACGCCGUGGCUACACCAACGUGUUUAACGCCCUGAAUCGAAUCGCUCGGGAGGAGGGGGUCCCCGCCCUGUGGAGGGGCUGCAUCCCUACCAUGGCCCGGGCGGUCGUGGUCAACGCUGCCCAGCUCGCCUCUUACUUCCAGUGCAAGCAGUUCCUGCUGGACUCGGGUUACUUCACUGACAACAUCUCGUUGCACUUCUGUGCCAGCAUGGCCAGCAGCCUGGUCACGACGGCCGCCUCAAUGCCCGUGGACAUCGUCAAGACCCGGAUCCAGAACAUGCGAAUGAUAGACGGGAAGCCGGAGCACAGGAACGGCCUGGAUGUGCUGGCGAAGGUGGUUCGCUACGAGGGCUUCCUCAGCCUGUGGAAGGGCUGUACGCCAUACUACGCCCGCCUGGGCCCCCACACCGUCCUCACCUUCAUCUUCUUGGAGCAGAUGAACAAGGCCUACAAGCGUCUCUCCCUCAGGGGCUGAGGCGGGCGAGGGGCCUGGAGCCGGUGUGCUGGGCUCCCCCCUGGCCCGCUGCUCCUACAGUCAGUGUGCCCCUGGAGGGCCUGGACGGCUGCCCUGGGCCCCUCUAUUUAUUCUCCCUCCACAGUGUGCUUCCUUCUUCUGCGGUAAAGAGGUUUGGUCUGCCCUGCCCCUGCUCCAGCUCACCCUGCUUGUCCUCAUCCUCACGACCUCUCGGACCCUGGCUGUGCCUUGGAGGAAGCUGAGAAACUCCCUGAGAAUUUCCAGCCUUCUCUUGGGUGUUAGUUUCAGGACACAUAGGACAGCAGAAGAUUCCCCUUCUCGAUAGGGAAACCAAGGCAGAGCUGAGGGACUAGAGGGAGCAGAAGCUGUCAAGAUGGCCAGAGGGUCUGCAGUGAGAGGACAUAAUAAACUGGAUUUCCUCCACUUCACCGAGGACAUCAUCAGUGGAUUGAUAACAUUACCAUCAAAUUUGAUAAGUUGUGAGGGCUGGAUGAGGAAGAGAUGGGACAAAGAAGCUAUGCUCUGGAGAACAGAAACUGGGGUUUUUAAGAAAAACUAUGAAAGAAAAAGCACCUGCUGGCUUUAUGAAAACGUGAUGUACAUCAGUCUCAUCGUGGCAGCUGACUGGGGGAGGAAAACCAAAACCCAAGCACAGUGUCUUGCUUCCCAGCCACUUGCCCAAGAAUGCGACAGAUACACACAAGUCGGCACAAGUCAGCUCACAUAAUCCCCAGGAAAGCCUCGGUUCUGGUGACUGCUUCUGUGGCCCAAAGAGGGAGGGAAUAAAAAGUAUGAGAAAAGAAA